AUGUCAAAUAUUGAAGACAGUUUCCAAAACAUGAACAUUAACGGCGGUGCUAACGCUGGCCGUGGUGGAAAGAAAGGUUAUGUUCCUCCUCAUGCUCGUCGUCAACAACAAGAUGGCGGCGCUUCACCAGCAAGAAACUUUGAUAACUCAUACUCAAAUGGCGGUGGUUACGGCGGUGGCUACAAUAAUGGUGGUUUCAACAGAGGCUACUCUAGCGGUGGUGCUUUCGGUGGUUACAAUAACAGAAGAGGUGGCCGUGGUGGUUUCAAUCGUAAUGGUGGAUCUGGCGGUCGUUUCCAAAGUGCUGAUCAAGGUAGAUUUGUUGAUGGUAAACAUGUUCCAGGUCAAGCCAAUGCAAACGUAGAGAUUGAAUUAUUCGGUGCUGCUGAUGAUCCAAAAUUCCAAUCCUCAGGUAUCAACUUUGACAAUUAUGAUGAUAUUCCAGUUGAAGCUUCAGGUGAUGGUGUUCCAGAACCAAUUGAUUCAUUUACUGCUCCUCCAUUAGAAGAAUUAUUACUGGAAAACAUUAAAAAGGCUCGUUUCACUAAACCAACCCCAGUCCAAAAAUACUCUGUUCCAAUCGUUGCUGCUGGUCGUGAUUUAAUGGCUUGUGCUCAAACUGGUUCAGGUAAAACUGGUGGUUUCCUUUUCCCAAUUUUAUCAGAAUCAUUUUUAAAUGGUCCAUCUGAAGUUCCUGAACCAACUACUCAAUUUUCAAGAAGAAAAGCUUAUCCAACUGCUUUAGUUUUAGCUCCAACCAGAGAAUUAGUUUCUCAAAUUUAUGAUGAAGCUAAAAAAUUCACAUACAGAUCAUGGGUCCGCCCAACCGUUGUUUACGGUGGUUCUGAUAUUAGAAGUCAAAUCCAAGAUAUCCAAAGAGGUUGUGAUUUAUUAGUUGCUACUCCAGGUCGUUUGAACGAUUUAUUAGAACGUGGUGUUAUUUCAUUAAGAAACAUCAAAUAUUUAGUUUUAGAUGAAGCUGAUAGAAUGUUAGAUAUGGGUUUCGAACCACAAAUCAGACACAUUGUCCAAGAAUGUGAUAUGCCACCAGUUGAAGAACGUCAAACUCUUAUGUUUUCAGCUACUUUCCCAACUGAUAUUCAAAUGUUGGCUCGUGAUUUCUUGAAAGAUUAUAUUUUCUUAUCUGUUGGUAAAGUUGGAUCAACUUCAGAAAACAUUACACAAAAAGUCUUAUACGUUGAAGAUGACGAAAAAAGAUCAGUUUUAUUAGAUAUUUUAUCUGCUGAUGAAAAUGGUUUAACUUUAAUUUUCGUUGAAACCAAGAGAAUGGCUGAUGCAUUAUCAGAUUUCUUAAUCAACACCAAUUUCCCAGCUACUUCUAUUCACGGUGAUCGUACUCAAAAUGAACGUGAACGUGCUUUAGAAUACUUCAGAAGUGGUAAAGCUCCAAUCUUAGUUGCUACAGCUGUUGCUGCAAGAGGUUUAGAUAUUCCAAACGUUACUCAUGUUAUCAACUAUGAUUUACCAACUGAUAUUGAUGAUUAUGUUCAUCGUAUUGGUCGUACCGGUCGUGCUGGUAACACAGGUGUUGCUACUGCUUUCUUAAACAGAGGUAACAAAAACGUUGUCAAAGAUUUGAUUGAUAUCUUAUCUGAAGCUAACCAAGAAGUCCCACAAUUCUUAAACACUAUUGCCAGAGAAUCUUCAGGUGGUCGUGGUGGUCGUGGUGGCCGUGGUGGUCGUAACAACAACACCAGAGAUUUCCGUCGUCAACCAGGAUUUAACAAUGGUGGUGGUUCAUUCGGUGGUUACGGUGGUGGCUACAACAAUGGUGGUGCUUCAUAUGGUAACUCAUUCGGCGGUGCUUACGGUAACCAAUCUACUCGUGGUGCUGGUGGUGCUGGUGGUGCUUUCUCAUCUUACCAAUCAUCAAGUUAUGGUAACCCAUCUUCAUCAGCUAACAGUUGGUGGUAA